AUGGCAGCUGUUGUGAGGCUUCAAAUCUUUGUUUCUGAUUUUAUGACUGUGUUUGUGCUGCUCACAGCUGUAUUUCUAAUGCUUAUUGAUUGGGCAUUGCUUCAUUACGACUAUUUGGGAAUUUGUGCUGAAACUGCCAAUAGUUACAAUGUUGCAGAUUUAAUGCUCCAUACUUCUCCGUGUGACUGCCAUGGGGUGAGCUCGGAGAAGUUUAAGUUCCAAGGUUCCCAUAAUGAUGUUGUAGUCUUCGUAAGAAUGCCUAUCUGCGAGCCAAGUUCUAGAUUCUUGCUUUCUUUGGUGAACAUCCCGUCUUCAUUUUCUAGCAAAGGGCCAAGAGGUGCAGUUGUCCUAAGGUCAUGUCUGAGGUUCUUGGCAAGGCAAAUGUCUGAAAGGCUUAUUUGGGGCUGUCGACUGGCACCCUUUUAG